AUGGAAGGUCUUUUUCCAUCUGAAUGGAAGAGUGCUGAUGUCUGCCCAGCCCCCAAGAAAACCAAAGUUGUUGAUAUAGAGAAUGAUUUAAGACCCAUAUCACUUACCUCACCAGUAGCGAAAGUCUACGAGAGUCACCUUAACUCACUACUACUUGAUCAUGUUGGCCCCAAAUUGGAUGAUCGCCAUUUCGGAUCUGUUAAAGGUUCGUCCACAACCUGUGCAUUGGUGGAUCUCAUGAACUUUCUAUAUUCCAAUACCGACAACACAAACGAUGCAAUUAGACUCUGUUUUUAUGACUUGAGUAAAGGCUUUGAUAGAGUGGAUCAUAACAUCUUAUUGGAUAUCCUGAGAGAAUUGGAUGUCCAUCCUGUUCUAAUUCAGAGUAUUCGUAGUUUCUUGACAGGAAGGCACCAAAGAGUGUGUGUCAACGGUUUUUCAUCUGAAUGGAAACCGGUACCAGCUGGAAUUCCGCAGGGUAGUGUUUUAGGACCUACUCUUUUUCUGUUAAUGGUAAACGCUCUGGCUUACAGAGAAUCGUGGAGAUGGAAGUAUAUGGACGACCUGACUAUUAGUUAG